GCGGGGGGAGCGGGGGCGGGACGGGACCGGACCGGACGGCGCGGUGGAGCGCGGAGCCGGCCCGGCCCGGCCCGGUUCGGUUCUCCGGCCCGGUAUGCGCCGCAGCGCCCGGGAACAUGGCCCGGCGGAGCCCGCCGCGCAACGGUGUCGGCGGUCACGACUUUGAUUCGAAGAAGAAAAGAAAAGUGGCGGAAAUUUAUCAGGCUCUGAACAGCGACCCCAUCGACGUGGCUGCGCUCAGGCGGAUGGCCAUCAGCGAGGGGGGGCUCCUGACGGAUGAGAUUCGUUGCAAAGUGUGGCCGAAGCUGCUGAGUGUUAACACAGACGACCUGCCCCCUCUUCCAGCAGGAAAGGAGCUGCGAGAGGACAAUAAAGAUUACCAACAAGUGCUACUGGAUGUGCGGCGAUCCCUGCGCCGUUUCCCGCCAGGGAUGCCAGACGACCAGAGGGAAGGGUUGCAGGAGGAGCUCAUCGAUAUUAUCCUCCACGUCCUCAAGCGCAACCCCCAGCUGCACUACUACCAGGGCUACCACGACAUCGUGGUCACCUUCCUGCUCGUGGUCGGGGACAGACUGGCCACAGCUCUGGUGGAAAAGCUCUCGACGCAUCAUCUCAGGGAUUUUAUGGACCCAACGAUGGAUAAUACCAAGCACAUUUUAAAUUACCUGAUGCCCAUCAUAGACCAGGUGAACCCUGAGGUGCAUGACUUCAUGCAGAGUGCGGAGGUGGGAACCAUCUUUGCUCUCAGCUGGCUGAUCACCUGGUUCGGGCACGUUUUGUCCGACUUCAGGCACGUCGUGCGAUUAUAUGACUUCUUCCUGGCUUGCCAUCCACUGAUGCCCAUUUAUUUUGCUGCUGUGAUCGUGCUGUACCGGGAGCAAGAAGUUCUGGAUUGCGAGUGCGACAUGGCCUCUGUCCACCACCUCCUGUCCCAGAUCCCCCAGGACCUUCCUUACGAGACUCUGAUCAGCAGAGCUGGGGACCUUUUUGUCCAGUUUCCGCCAUCCGAACUUGCCAGGGAGGCAGCCCAGCAGCAGGCUGAACGAACUGCGGCCUCCACUUUUAAGGACUUUGAGUUGGCGUCAGUGCAGCAGAGACCAGACACUGUGUUGAGGCAGCGCUUCAGGGAGCGGCUCCGAGGCGAGGAGCGGACAAAAUCCAUCUUGACAAAGCCAAGGACCAACCGCUUUGUCAAGCUGGCGGUGAUGGGGCUGACGGUCGCGCUGGGAGCAGCUGCCCUGGCCGUGGUGAAGAGCGCGCUGGAGUGGGCACCCAAGUUUGAACUGCAGAUUUUCCCCUGAAGCCGGAGGAAGGGCCUCCCCUGUCAGCACGUCGUUCCCUGGCGGGAAAGCAGGGGGGUUGAUGUUUGAUGGGAGGACGUGUCCGGAAUCGACCCGUCUGAAGAUUAUUUUUUAUUCUUGCUGUGUCCUGUGACGCUUUUGGCCUUUGCGACAGAAACUGAUGGGAACCAGCCCGGCAGGAUUGUGCCCCACGCCGACGCUCACCUUGUUCUCUCCUCCCCGUGCAGGGGUGAGCGCACGGGCGCUGCCGCCGUCUCCUGAGGAACCAGAGGUCCAGAUGAGUCAGGCUCUUCAGGCUGCGCGCCGGGGACUGUCCGAGCAGAAAGCCGCGCGUGGGCCGUACCGAAACGAUCCCGCGUUCUCUGUUGGGGGGGUAACUAGUGUGAGCGAGGGCAGAUCCUCACCUGGAGGAGAGCGUCACCGCAGGGUUUGGCCGGGGGGGGGGGGGGGGGGGUGUUUGGGGGCGAGGGGCUGUUACACUCCUGAGGAACGGGGCAGCCCUCCGGCUCCGCAUCGCUCCCAUCCGCGGGCUGCCAGCACACCUCCGACCCUUCCCCUCCCUACAGGCAACCUCUGAGUAGAGCCAGACCUUUCACAAGCCCCUGUCAGCGCCCUGCCGUUGGGGUUCUCUCCAGCGUGUAACACCCCCUGGCUCUUUUUUCCUUCCUCAUCUUUGCAGCCCGGCCUGUUGACAGGGGAGAAGGGCAGGGGGCAGGAGCAGAGCCGCGGGACUGCCAGAGGGAGAUUAGCUCUGGGUCGCUGGGGCUCCUUCACGGGUCGGCUCGCAGAUCAGCGAGGUGAGACACAAGUGUCACUGGCCCUGCCCGUCACGUGCCAGAUUGGGUCACCGCAAGUCUUAGCAGCACUCUAAACGCCCCUUGCAGACUCUUUAUUUUUUUUUUUUCUCACAGCUCUGAAAGCAGGCUCUAACGUGGAGAAAGGCUUUUUUCCACCUUGUGAAACAUUUCGCCCAAGGCAGAAGUCACGGUGGUGGGAAGCCUGUCUUUAAAUCUCCCCCCCACGAGCCGACGAGGCUUCAGCAAGUGGGGGGGUUUCUCGAAAGGCCACCCCGAUCCCCACCUCGCCACCCAGCCCAGUUAACACUCCCAGCGCUCCAAGCUAAGCAGCAAAUCCUCCUAGACAACUUGGUGUCCCACUGAGACAAAGCCAAUAGACUCUCUCUGCCUCUACCUCUCCCCUGAGCUGCUAAACCUCCCGCAAGUGCCCUUACCUGGCCCUCGCUGCUCCCCCCCCCCCCCCCCCCCCCACCGUUGCUGUGUUGUGCCCAAACCCGUCUGUGCCCGGGGGCUGCGCACCUGGAAACCAGCUGUUGGUUAAAGAGUUACGGAUUUCAGGCUGGAGAAAAAAAAGUCAUGCCCUGCAAGGCUCCGCACCCUCCUGUCCCAACCCUCUGCUUUGUCGGGUCAUAACCACCUCUGGAUAAGUUCUGGGGGGCCCUCGCUCUUGGGGGGGGGCUGUGCCUUUCUGCCCGUCAGGCUGGCCGGAGGGCGUGGGGGCGGUCGUCACGCCUGACCCGUGUUUCUGUAAAGCUCUGAGGAGUUUCCUUUGCCGGCUGCAGGCUGAAAUCCGGAGCGUGUGGAUCUGCUCCCGCCCAGGCAGGGCUGGGAGAGCCGUGCCCUCGGGCCUGGCUCCUGCGAGGGCUGCCUGUGCCGGUGCUGAGAGCCGGGGGGGGGGGGGGGCUGCUCCCGGGCCCCCUCCUCUUGGGGGGCUGAAGGCAGAGCCCCUUGCUGGCCCUCAGCACCUCCCCGGGGCAGCAGCGGCGCGGGGCAGAGCGCUGGCUGACUUAGCACUUUAGAAAUUCGUGGUGCAGAAGAGUCUGGGGUGACCUGGGGGUGCUGCUGGAGGUCCCAGGACCCCUCUGUGCGCUGCCCCGAAGGAGGGGGUGGCUGGAGCCCCCGCAGGGGGAAGCCCCUGCAGCCCCCCCCCCCCCCCCCAGUUCUCUGGCCACGAUGCACUUUAGUUCUUGCGUUGUCCCCAGGAGGAGGAAGGGCCUGAGAGGGAGACGGUUGCUCCGGGUUCUUGUUACUCUGUACAAAGACUUAUACAUAACCGUGUAAAUGCAGAUUUGUACAAACCCUAUAACUGUAAAAUAAACAGUUACUGAACACA